AUGCCAUGGUUGUAUAAAGUUUGUGGAAUAUGGAAAUGCCAAUGGACUUCCUCCUUAAUAAAAACUAAAAACUACAGUAUACUUAAUCCAAACUGGAGAGAGUAUGAAAUUACAAAAAUUUAUGCUAAGACAGAUACCUUUAACAAAGCAGAAAAUAUUCAAGCAAACCAAUUUGGCAAGUCUGAUGGAUCAGCGGUAACACUGACUGAUGUUGAAAAUUCUAUAACUUCAGCUACAAUACCGCUUGGUGCUACACCUUACAAAAAAAGAUUAAGAACACCGCCAAAUAUAGAUAAUAGCUCUGAAGAAUUUGGAAAGAAAAUAAUGAAAAUUAGAACAAGAAACAGUUCUCCUGUCUAUAAAGAUUAUAGUGAAAGUGAUGACAUGCUUUUAAAAGAAAAUCAACCUACAGCAAGCCUUAUGACAAUGAAGGAUAAAGAAUCCCUUCCAUCUGUAAGCGCAAAUGAAAUUAAAGUUUCAAGUACUAUUAUGCAACCAAGACAUGAAGCACGCAGUUUGGAAUUGACCAACUUUGAGUUGUCAGUCAUUUCAGAACAAGAUAACUUAGAUUUAAAGGACUCUUCUGUGAAUGAUGACGAUUCACUGCAGUUAAAGAAAUUACAUGUUAAUACUCUAAAGUUAUACCAAAGCAUUAAAAAAUUAACUUUGAGAGUUUGUAGAAUAGAGGAUGAUUUGUGCAAGAUCAAAUUGUUGCCGAUAGAAAAUAUAGCGGAGGACAAUCAAGACCAAAUGUUUGUAAUGGAGCAAUACUAGACCUGUGAUACUUUCCAUAAUUUUUGUAAAAUGCUAGAAGAGGAUUCUGUGUUUCGAAAGUUAGUGUCAUCUUGAUUUGAAUAAAAUGAGUUCCAAAAGCAGAAAGAGAGCACAAUUGACUCAGCAAUAUGCUCAUAGAAAGACUUAUAAAUUUGAACAGUUUAUAAAUAUCCCAUAUAUUGGUAUUGAAGGUGAAAAAGUUGAGGCUUUUGAUAACAUAAAGAAAAUAUCAUCUGUAAGCAAACCUUUGUAUCCCCAUUGCUAUGAACAAAGUUUUGUAAGCUCUAGUGUUUUAUCAGGAAGUGAUUUGUUACCGUCAAAGGAAGAGUUUCAUAAUGUUCGAGGUUUUGGCUGUUUUGACAUAGAUGACUCUAUUGCAUGGAAAUCAAUAAAUGCAGUAAAAAAGACCGCAGACCUUAUUACUGAUAACUUAAGCAAUAACGAUGAAAGUAAUGACCUGACAUUUAAAGAAGAUCUAGCCCAAUGGGCUGUGCAAUGUUCGGUGCCUCUAGCAACAUUAACAUCAUUAUUAAAAAUUUUGCAUAAUCACUUAAGUGUAGAUCUGCCAACUAAUGCUACAACGCUAUUAAAAACGCCUCGCAAGUUAGAUAUUAUUCAAAAGUCAGGUGGUGAUUAUACCUACUUUGGAAUAAAAGAUGGUAUUUUGAGAACUAUUUUUAAAAAAGAUCUAGAUUUUGUUGAGUUAGUAUUCAACAUUGAUGGCCUCCCUAUCCAUAAAAAUACAAAUGCUUUCCUCUGGCCAAAUUAAUGUUGUGUUGAUAAUGUGCGUGAAAACAGUCCAUUUGUUGUGGCGUUGUUUUGCGGUGUACAGAAGCCAACUAGUUUGGAAUUCUUGGAAGAGUUUACUUUAGAGUUAAAAUUUCUAAUGGCAAAUGGCAUUAAUGAUUAUAAUGGAAAAACCAUAAAAGUAAAUACGAAAUAUUUUAUCUGCGAUGCGCCAGCAAAAGCUUUGAUUAAAGGCAUUGCUCACUAUAAUGGUCGCUAUGGUUGUGAUUAUUGUAAUGUAAAAGGAACCUAUGAUGGUCGAAUGAUGUUUUUAUACACUGGUACUCAGCGCACUGAUCAGACAUUUAGAGAAAAAAUUCAGAAAAGUCAUCACAAGGAUAUCAGUGUCUUGGAAUCACUUGAAGUAGACAUGGUACAACAGUUCCCUCUUGACGUGAUGCAUUGUGUGGACCUUGGUUGUACUAAAAAACUACUGUUAACUUGGAAGGAAGGCCCGCUUCCUUUUCAAUUGUCAUCAGGGCAAAUUACUUUAUUAAGCACUUACUUAUGUUCUUUAAAAGAAGACAUUCCUAUAGAAUUUAAUCGUAAACCAAGAAGUUUGAAAGAUCUCAAGUUAUGGAAAGCCUCUGAAUUUAGUACUUUUCUUUUAUAUUGUGGACCAGUAGUUUUGAAAGAUAUACUCAGCAAAGAAAAAUACAACCACUUUCUUUAAGUGCAGCUAUUCAGAUCUUAUACAGCAAAGAUUUGAUGACUGAGUAUAAUGGUUAUGCUCAAGAGUUUCUUUGUAUGGUCAAGAGUUUCUUAGUAGCUUUUGUGGACCAGACUGCUCUACUCCGAUCUUAUAAUUUUCAUUGUUUAAACCAAUUUAACUUUAACAGCAGAGAGAUAUAGUUUAGAGUGACAGCCUAUCCAUUUGAAAACAAUAUGUCAGCUAUAAAAAGAAUGAUGUCCUUCGGGGUCCGAACGGGGUCCUUCUAAAGUAGUAGCUCAGAUUGCUGGACGACUCACAGAAAUAAACAAUAACAGGUCAGCAGUUUGUAAAAAAAAGCUAAAUUUUAAUCCAAAGAUCAACGAAUGCUAUCGUCUGAAGAGUGGAAGUUUUUGUGUCAUUGACUCAAUAAAUAGUAAUGCUAAAAGUGUUCUUGGUCAAGUCUAUAUCAGAACAGAAAAUUUAUUAAGCUCUCCUUGUAAUUCUAAACUUGUUGGUAUUUACAAGGUUAACAACAAGCAUACAGAAAUGUUGUAUAUACCUUUUGAUGAUUUUGUAUGAAAGGUCAUAAGAAUACCGCUGUCUCUUUUUGAACCUGACAAUCUAGCAGCAGCAGUUAUUUUAUCAAUUGUGCACAGUUGAAAUGCUCUACAAGUUAACUAACCAUCUUUGGUAUUCGUUAGAUGCUAAAUGAGCUAUAACUCAAUUUUUAUGCUUUUACUCAUUUACCUUGAAUAAACUCAGUUACUUUAAAA